UUACUUAGUGGUGUGCCAAAACACCAAUAUAUCGAAAUCAUCGGCUACCGAUUUCCGUUACCCAGUGCGAAUGCUCAUCUCUACGUCACGCUUUACAACAUACGGAGAGCAAAAACAAAAUUCACAAUGCUGGAUAAAUUGAAAUUCAAUAACUUAGUUAUUACCAACAAGAAACAAAUACAGCAGGCACGCGUUCAAACUAUAUCGAAGCUCGUGCACAGAUUGCGAAAGAUCAAGGAUGCGCUGUCAAAACAACCAGAUAAUGAGAAGCACAAGGAUCGUAUGCGGAAGAACUACGAAUGCGUGGCAUACCUAAAGUCUCUGAAGGCCGUCGACAUUGUACGCCAUAUGUUGCUGCAACAGAACAGCAAUCACAGCGCAGUUGUAACGAAUGGACGUGCCACCCCGGAGGAAGUCUCAAUGGCCCUGCUGGCACUAAACAAAGUCAUGCAACAAGUGGUAACUACGUUUCAAACAACACUAAAGCUGAGCAUUAAAGCAGACGCUCCAUGGCGUCAGGAAAUUAUGGAGGCAAGCAAGCGACGUGCCAAAGUGGAACGCACAGAGGCGAAGCGUCGUAAACGUAAGGAGCUCAAGGAACAAAAAGCCCAAUCACGCAAGCGCGAAGAAUGGCUGGAGCAAAAUAAGGUCGACAGUGCUGAGGAAGACGGGAAGCUUCAGCAAGAAACUGAAAAUGCUAAUAAAAUAGAAGAGCCAAUUGCAGAUCUGCCGAAAACGAAGAAAUCCCAAUUCAAACAGCGGGAUCAGCAGGAAACAAAGAAACCCCAACUCAAACCACAACCCAAGGAAAAUAAAACAAACAUUGAUGAUGUAGAGUUAUCAAGCAAGGAAGAGAAUUAUGCAAGUCAUGAAAAUACCAGUCACAUAUCAACAUCAAAAAGAAAGGAGCCGGAGGAGGAAAGACCGACGCAUGUUGUGGAUCCAUUUUUCAUCACCGAAACUGGCGAGCACUAUAUGUCCACUGCCGUUGUUCUGUCAGAUAACGCCGCUAGUGAGGAGGAGGAUGAAUCUGAGCCGUUGCGCGAGCAGCGACGUAAUAACAAAGCUUUUGGAAAACGUCAAGAGCAAAAUGGCUACAAACAUCCACGAACUGGCGACUUACAUGGCUCAGCUUUUGAGACAUUAGGGAGGAAAAAUGAUGGCGGCGUUGAUGACAGCCAUGGUGACCUGCAUCCAUCCUGGAUAGCCAAACAAAGGCUUAAACCUAGAAUACGCGAAUUCGCGGGAACAAAAAUUAAGUUUGAUGAUGAAUCAGGAACAAAUGAGGAGAACAAAGUCAGGAGAAUUGAAGUACACAAGUCAAUCACAAAGCCAACUAUUGGCGAGACUAAUGACAACAAUGCCGGGCUGCAUCCAUCCUGGAUAGCCAAACAAAGACUAAAACCUAGAAUACGCGAAUUCGCGGGAACAAAAAUUAAGUUUGAUAAGGAAUCAGGAGCAAACGAGAAAAAAUUCAGGGGAGUUGGGACACAAAAGCCAAUCACAAAAUCAAAUGCUGGCGAGACUGAUGACAGCAAUGCUAACCUGCAUCCAUCCUGGAUAGCCAAACAAAGGCUGAAACCUAGAAUAGCAGAGUUCGUGGGGACGAAAAUUAAGUUUGAUGAGGAUUAAGUGAAAUGUUUAUGUUAAAUUUAAUGACCUAUCAACUUCACAACAAAAACAAUGCCAAUUAAACGCCUAUUUUGGGCACAUAAUGUC